UCCCGUUAUCGACAUUUCAUCGAUCAGAAGUUGUACAGAGAUAUUGGUGACGGUGGAGAGGGUGUGUUACUUUGUUAACUGUUUUUUUUAAAGGACCAGGAGCUCUUCGGGGGGAGGACCCAUGAAGCCUGCUGACCGGGAGAGGAAAGAGGGGGGAAAAGUUGUGUCAAGUUUUGUGACACGGAGGUGAAAACUUUAAGCUUUCACACCGACGGUUAGCAGCUCGGACGGGGAAGAUGGCGCGGCGCUGCGGCCGUGCCACGUCUCGGUUUACCGGAGAAAUAUCUCCCAGAAAGACGGCAGCAUCCGCAGUUUGGCUGUGUUUUUGUCUCGUUUUUCCUCCUGCUGCGGAGGCUGGACUGUACACCGCCUCCGACCAAGUCAUCUUGCUGAGCCCGGAAAAUGUGGAGUCGGUUUUGGUGAACUCCACCGCAGCGAUACUGGUGGAGUUUUAUGCUUCAUGGUGCGGACACUGCAUCGCCUUUUCUCCGGUUUACAAAAGUCUGACGAGAGACAUGAAAGAGUGGAAGCCAGCUGUGGACCUGGCAGCUAUCGACUGCGCCAUAUUGGAGAACAGCAAGGUCUGCACCCACUACAACAUCAGAGCCUAUCCCACUAUAAAGUUCUUCCAUGCUUAUUCCAAGGCUAAUGCCACAGGACAACCUUUUAAAGUUGCCACGCACGAUGUCCGGGUGCUCCGUCACAGGGUCAUAGACAAACUGGAAAACCAUAGGGAGCCCUGGCCCCCCGCCUGCCCCCCACUGGAGCCCACAAGCCAAGCAGAGAUUGACAGCUUCUUUGAGACCAACAAUGUUCAACACCUGGCUCUGAUCUUUGAGGACACUAAGUCCUACGUCGGCCGAGAGGUAACUCUGGACCUGCUGCAGUUUGAAAACGUUGCAGUACGGAGAGUGCUGAACACUGAGGAAGGUCUGGUAACUAAAUUGGGAGUGACUGAGUUUCCAUCCUGCUACCUUUACUCUCCUGGAGGCAACUUCACCAGACUUAAAGUCAACAUUGAGGCUCGCGCUUUCUACUCUUACGCCCUCCAGAGGCUGCCAGGAGUGGUGCGGUCAGGGAAGCCUCCACCGGUCAUCACAGAGGUCCUCGCCAACAGAACAGAGGAGCCCUGGAGACCCUUCAACAGGUCUAGGGUGUACAUGGCAGACCUGGAGUCAACGCUGCACUACUCUCUACGUGUGGAGCUGGCUGCUCAUACUGCCAUCAGAGGAGAUGAUCUGACUGCUCUCAAGAAGUACAUCUCUGUCCUGGCAAAGUACUUUCCAGGCCGUCCAGUGGUGAUGAACCUUUUGAAUUCUGUAAAUUCUCAGCUACAGAACUUCACCGGCAAUGAAAUUUCCUAUGAGGAAUUCAGAGAGAUGCUGGAUAACAAAGCUGAGUCUCCAGACACCGCUCUGCCUGACGGUGUGAGGUGGGUGGCCUGUCAGGGUUCACAACCCCACCUGAGACGUUAUCCUUGUGGAGUGUGGACUCUCUUCCAUGUUCUCACUGUCCAGGCCAAGAACGCUGGAGGCAGAGAUUCCCGGGAGGUGCUGAGUGCGAUGAGAAGAUACAUCCGCCGCUUCUUUGGAUGCAAGGCGUGUGCCGAGCACUUUGAGACCAUGGCGAGGGAGAGCAUGGUGGAGGUGAACACGCUGUCGUCUGCAGUCCUGUGGCUUUGGUCCAGACACAAUCGUGUCAACAACAGAGUGGCAGGUGCUUUGAGUGAAGACCCAAACUUCCCAAAGAUCCAGUGGCCUUCACCAGAAAUGUGUCCGGCCUGCCACACGGUGAAGAACAACGGGGAUCACAAGUGGAGUGAAGACCAUGUUCUUCCUUUCCUCUUGUCCUACUUCUCUUCCAGCAGCAUCCUCACUGACUACCUCGAAGAUGAAAAUGUGGUCGUGUCAAAACAGAGGGAAAAACACGCAAGUCAGCAGCGAGCUUUAGAGGCUCAGAAACGUGUCGAGAGGAAAGCCAGGGAAGCUUUAGAAUCCAUGACACAUCCUCUGCCAUCGCAACCCGCUGCACAAGAAGAGGAGGAAGAGGAGGAGGAGGAGGGAGAGGAGGGGAUGCAGGAUGAAGAGGAGGAAGGUGGGGAAGGAGCAGCAGCAGCAGCAGCUGAGACGACCCCAUGGGCCAAGCCUGAAAUGGAGAUGGGUCGAGCCCGACGGCAGGCCUACAGGAAGCCGAGCAUUGUGGGGAUGAAGAUGCGAGAGCCGCAGGAGGACAUCGUUGAUUUAGACUCAUUCGUCAACCAGCACUACAAGGUCAAGGCGCUACGGGUGGCCGCCUCCAGCCGCGUCAAACAGCGCACCCUGCAGAGGAAGGAGGAGCAGGAGCCGGGGCCUGUGUUCGGGCUCGGCAUGGAGCUGGACGCGGGGCUCGGGAUGGUGGGGCUGCAGCCUGUGGAUGCAGACUUUGAGCUGGAUAUGGAGCGGCAGAGGAAGAAGCGAGAAUUGACAGGUCAGUACUUUCUUGAGAAGGCCGAGCUGAGCCACAGAGGACGCUGGAUGUCCGUGCUGAGCAUUGGAUUCUCCAAAGUGGACAUCAGCCUGUGUGUCAUCCUUUAUUUCCUGUCCUCCAUGUGUCUCCUGGCCAUGUACCUUUUCUUCAAAAACCGCCUCAGGCUACGGCGAGCUAAAGUGUCCCUGCCCUGAACCAAAGUUUUUCCUAAUCUGAGUCAGCAACGAUUAACAUUCAUUAGGUUCCUGUAGGCUGAGGUUGGGUUAGUGUAAGGGGAUGUGUCACGACUAGAGCGAUCUUAGGUGGUCCGCUUAACUGUUACCUGCAGACAAAGAACAGUAAAAUCUGACAAAUUGAUUUUACUUAAAAUAAUCUUGGAAACCCAGUGCCUUGAAAUGUAUUGUAAUGUGAAUGCAACUAUUAAUCUUAAUCAACUUUAUAUCUAAUUGUUGUUUCCUUCAAAUCUAGCUGUAUUUACUUAAUUUUGUGAAGUGGUUGAGACCUGGAAAAUGACAACUAAAAUGUACUUGUUUUUUCUAAGUGUUAGCAGUCUCAUUAAAUCAAGUUAGUUUGAAUUAACUUCAUCGUGAUGAAAACAAAAACUUAAAAAAAAAAAACAUAGGUACACAUAACUAAAUUUUAAGUAAACUUAACA